GGAGAAAAUGCAAUUUGUCAGUUUCUGCUGUCUACGAGCUCAGACAGGCAGUGCAACGGAGAACUCGUCGGAACGGUUUCAAGUCUGUCUGUUUUACAACGAUUAUAGCAUUUGCAGUCAAAAGAGGCAACAUUUAAACUCACUUGGUGUGAAUCCCUAGCCCCCCGCCCGCUACCCUUGCACAGAGAUAUGAGCGGCAGCGGGCGGCCCAGAACUAGCUCGUUUGCUGAGCCACAAGGUAAUCCCGGAGCCGCUGCAGCAUCCACCGGAUCAGCCGCUGCGGUGGGGAGUAGCACAGGAAAGACCGGGGUCCAGCAGGCCUCGGGGAGCAGUUCGUCUGGAUGCUCUAAUUUAAAGCUGGCCAGGGACAGUGGGAAGGUGACUACGGUGGUGGCCACAUCUGGGCAGGGCCCCGACCGCCCACAGGAGGUGUCCUACACGGACAUUAAGGUGAUCGGGAAUGGCUCCUUCGGUGUGGUGUACCAGGCGCGCCUCAUCGACAGCCAGGAGAUGGUAGCCAUAAAGAAGGUGCUGCAGGAUAAGAGGUUCAAGAACCGAGAGCUACAGAUCAUGCGAAAGUUGGACCACUGCAAUAUCGUGAGGCUACGCUUCUUCUUCUACUCUAGUGGUGAAAAGAAGGAUGAGGUGUAUCUCAACCUGGUGCUGGACUUUGUCCCAGAGACCGUGUACAGGGUGGCCCGGCAUUUCAACAAGGCCAAAAGCAUCAUUCCUAUCAUUUAUGUCAAGGUGUACAUGUACCAGCUUUUUCGCAGCCUGGCCUAUAUCCAUUCCCAGGGUGUCUGCCAUCGAGACAUCAAACCCCAGAACCUGCUGGUGGACCCUGAAACUGCCAUCCUAAAGCUCUGUGACUUUGGGAGCGCGAAGCAGCUGAUUCGUGGGGAGCCCAAUGUGUCGUACAUCUGCUCGCGGUACUACCGCGCCCCAGAGCUCAUCUUCGGCGCCACCGACUACACGGCCAACAUCGACAUCUGGUCGGCGGGCUGCGUGCUGGCCGAACUGCUACUGGGACAGCCCAUAUUCCCCGGGGACAGCGGAGUGGACCAGCUAGUGGAGAUCAUCAAGGUUUUAGGAACUCCGACACGGGAACAGAUCCGAGAAAUGAACCCCAACUACACAGAGUUCAAAUUCCCCCAAAUCAAAGCACAUCCCUGGACAAAGGUGUUUAAGCCUCGCUCCCCUCCGGAGGCCGUCGCCCUGUGCUCGCGCCUGCUGGAGUACACCCCAGUCACCCGCUUCUCGCCCCUGGAGGCCUGCGCUCACGCCUUCUUCGACGAGCUGCGCCAGCCCAACGCCCGGCUGCCUAGUGGCCGACAGCUGCCCCUGCUCUUCAACUUCAGCACCACCGAGCUGUCAAUCCAGCCCCAACUGAACUCCACCCUAAUUCCUCCUCAUGCCCGCGCACAGACCAAUUCAUCUGUAGAUGGCUCUGGGUUAGACGGCUCCUCUCAGCACAGCUCAGUACCCGGAUCACUCAACAACAGCACCUGAAACAUCCCUGCAAACCCUCUGUUUGUCUGCCAGCCCCCCCACACACACACUAUAUUGCUUCUUUCUACUUCGCUGCUUGUUAUUUCUCCCCAUUGGUUACAAACAUACCUUUUUGUACUGUACAUACAUUGAACAAACCAUUUAUAGCAUUAGAGGGUAUCAUUAGCUGACAAGGUAGUUUUGUUACAUUCAAUUGAAACUAGAUCAGCACUACAGGCAGAAUUCGACACACACACACACACACACACACACACACACUUUCUCAUGUACUGACGACACCUUAAGUAUUAUUCCACUCCCUGGCUGCAUCUCCUUUGGCCCAGCUCUCUCUUUCUCUCUGGCUGUUUAUAACACUCAUGUUCCUGCUGUUGAGGGUGGCAUUCGAAGGUUCAGUAGGUGGGGCAGGUCCUCUCUAUAAUAACGGUUGAAUUUUUUUUUAAAUCAAGUUUUUUUUGGGUGUGACUUUUUUAUUCUAACGUGUAUUUAUUUGACUGAAGACUUCAUGAAGAGUUCUUCCCACAACCACACACAAAGUCUACAGGAGUUUGUCUACAAGCUAAUUGAGGUGUUUCCCAGUUAGUCAUUUGUAGACAAAUGGGAUAAAAUGGUUCUGGUUACCAGAUGGAGGAAGAGGCUGUGUUUGUUUUAAUACUUUUUAUAAAAUUAUAUUUCAAAAUAUGAAAUGACAGCUGCUUUUUUUCUUUUUAAUUGUACAUUUAUUUUUUAUUUUUUUAUUUGCUUCGAUGGCACUGUGAAUUUUUACAUGGAAGGGGGGGUUGAAGUUUAUAAUUGGUAGCCAUACUUGCUAGCAAAUUUCCAGUGUGUGUGUGUGUUAAGGAUCUGAAGGAAAGGUUUUGACAGAUGGUGAGGCUGGUGGUGUUCGUGUGGAGACUGAGACAUCCCAUGAUGCACAUCUGUGUAGCAGCAUCUCUCAAGACAGUCCCAAACUGAGCCUCCCUUUACUGUCCAUGGGAAGACAAAUCAAAUACAGGAAUGAUGGUUAAGACUGCUGUGGUAGUGAAAUGUCACCUUCCUAUUGACUUCAAUAUAUGGCAUACCAUAAAAAUCUUGUAUGGUGAGGUUACAAGUUGGAUUUCAAAAUCUGGUUCUGGCUAAUUUGGCACUCAUAGCAUGAACUCUCCAGAACUCCUGAUUUGUAAGAGGGACCUUUUUUAUUUUAUUUAAGUAUAUACACGCUGUGCUGUCAGCACACUUGUAAGAAUCUUUGUCAGUGUCGCACCCAUCUAGAUUGUAGAGGACAAAGGGAUGAUCAACUAUGGGUUCAGCCAUGUGGACAUAAAUGUAUCCUGUAUGGAGUAGCUGACUCCAGUUUGGACAUUUGAAACAGACCAUGAUUCCAGUUCCGUUCUGUUAAUUCGAGGUUGUGUGUGUGUGUGUGUGAAGACGCGUACUCUGUUACUGGUGUAGUGUGGCCGACAGGGAGUUCAUAGUAGCCCUACAGUCUUGUGCUUGUGGGAGUAAAUGAGAAAUUGAAGCGGGUGAGGGAAUGGCUGAGUUUUUCGUUGUUGUGUGUGAUGAUAAUGUGUUGUUCGUGUGAAUAAUCGUACUCCGAUCCAAUCUGCACCGUUUUAAAAAGCCAGUGUUGUAGGUUUAGAUCAGUUCUCAGUACUGACCACUUGAAAGCUUUCUAGUACAAGCGUGUUAUGAUAUUGUACCACCUCUACCACCCACUUGUAGAAACAACCCUCAUAUGUGCUGACGUUGAUUUAAAGAACACAUUUUUCCUCCUUUUAUCUCUCUGAAGCCAUCUUCUUCCUAGCCCGGAAUCCCAAUUGAUUUGCGUGAAAUGGAGCAUAUUGGUUUGGAUUCCUUUAUUAUUAUUUUUUUCGCCCUGUAAAUAUCACCAACUUUUAAUUUCCCCUCAUUUAUUUUUAUUACAGUGUUUUUUUAUUUUCCGUUACCUGUUGAAGUCGUCACGGACCAGUUUCAGUUCCAUUCAAAAGUCUGUAAAUACAAUUAGUUUCAAUGCCCUGAUUUCAAGAUGUAAAUACCCCCCCUAAAAUGUUUUUUUUCUCCCACAUUUUCCCUCCCUGUUUGUUGAUGUCUCUCUCUCCGUCUCUCUCUGGUUGUUCGUCCCCCAUAACGUGUGAUUGUACUGUGUCUCGCCGCUUUAUUUAUUACCUCACUUGGUGUUCUCGUGUAGGGAGGGGUUGAGGCACCGACUGUUUUGUGGGCAUUAUGUAGAAUGUUCCAGAAUACAUGUACUGUACUUGGAACCCAUGACAUUGGUAUGUUUGGAAAGUUGGACUGAAAAUGUUUGGUUGGAUAUAUCCAGAUUUGAUCAGACUAUCUGCGGUACGAUUCCAACUAAUACAUUUCUCUGGUCUUUUUGAUUUAUUUAAUUUGUACUUUUUAAAUCACCUACGUACUGACCUUUUGACAGGGGAAAUGUGAUUCUGGGCUGUUUGAGUUCACCAGACAACCAAUUGGCCAAUGCACUGCCCCUGUACCCAUUCAUUACAAUGUGCGCCCAAUGUAAGAGAUUUAAAUUGUGUGAAAGUGUCAUGUUGUGAUGCAGAGAAGCCAUAAUAAAUGUUUAAAAAAAUACCCGCUGAAUGUGAAGGGUAAACGUAAGGGCCUUGAUUGCGACACAGGUUCGGAUGGUGCAGCCAGCCUCCCUCCCUUGACAAUGCCCAUCACGGACAAUUCCGACUUUUGCUGCUUUCAAAAUGUCAGCCACAGACAAAAUGCAGCGACUGCCGUACGAACCAGUUAUCAACCCCCCCCCCCCGUUCUGUGUGUUGAUGUACAUGCCUGUUUGCUGGUUUCAUAACUAAAUCUCAGCAGGAUCAGGCUACUAGCCAAUUAUACUAGAAGUACCCUGUUCUGUGUAUAGCAAACCAAGUGAGGUCACUUUUUAGUGUUCUGUGAGUAAAAUUGUUAUCAGUAAUUUUUCAUUCCAAUCCAGUUUCUAUUGUAUCUUCCUGGUCAGGAGACCUGGUGUGCUUUUGGGACAGAGGGAGGAGAGGGAAGGAGGGAGAGAACCCAACUGUCUGUUUUGUCUGUAUGAAAUGAGCUCAUUUAAUAAAGUGAUGAAACUCCCGUGA